AUGUCUGCAACUUACAAGCUCAUGAUGCUGCGUAGAUAUCGCCUUGUAAGAGCUCUGCUUGCACUUAGCUGCUUGUUUUGUACAGUUAAUGCUGCUCCUGCUCUGCAUCCAAAUGAAGUGGAAGCACUCAAGGAUAUUACAAAGACACUUGGCGUCAAAUACUUAGACCUGAGUGAAGAUCCUUGUUUCACAAAGACUUUAGUGAUAACAAAAAGUGUUCUCAUGGAAGGUCAAAACAGCACAAUCAGAUGUAACUGUAGUUUUAACAACAACAGAACUUGUCACAUCACUCACUUUAUCCUCAAGACAUUUAGCCUACCUGGAAAACUCCCAGUUGACUUUGUCAAGCUCCAGCAUCUUGAAUUACUUGACCUUUGCCGUAAUUACCUCUCUGGAUCAAUUCCUAUGGAAUGGGCUUCUUUAAAGAGCCUCAAGUACAUAUCCCUUUGCGCAAACCGACUAUCUGGAGACAUUCCUAGAGGACUAGAGAAGUUUCCUAGUCUCAAUUUCUUAGGCAUUGAAGCAAACCAAUUCUCUGGAACUAUUCCUGAAGAGAUAGGAAACUUGGUUGAUAUAGAAGUAUUAGCAUUCUCUUCAAACCAACUUGUUGGAACCAUCCCUGCGACAUUUGCCAACUUAACAACCCUCAAGGAAUUCCGUGUAAGCGAUAACCUCUUAAAUGGAACCAUCCCAAAGUUUAUAGGAAACUGGCGCCAACUUCGGAGAUUAGAGCUGUAUGCAACUGGCCUUAAAGGACCUGUUCCGGAUUCCAUAUUCCGUUUACAGAAUCUGAAUGACCUGAGGAUCAGUGACAUAACUGGAGGAUUUGGCCUUGUUCCACAAAUAUCUAGCAAGAAUCUGCAGUUUCUGGUUUUAAGGAACUUGAACUUAUCAGGUCCGAUCCCACUCAAUAUCUGGGAACUUCCCGGUCUCAUGACUCUUGAUCUAUCGUUUAAUAGGCUGUCUGGAGAGAUACCAACAGAUACAAGCGCACCAAAAUACACAUAUUUAACUGGAAACAUGUUGUCUGGAAAUAUUGAAGCAGGAGUUUUCCUCACUGCAAGCACCAACAUUGAUCUUUCUUACAAUAACUUCACAUGGUCUUCUGGCUGCAAAGAGAGAAAAAAUGUUAACACAUACAAGAGCUCAUAUUCAAGAAACAGAACUCAACUUCUUCCUUGUUCAGGACCAAACUAUUGCCACAACUAUACCAAGUCGUUGCAUAUAAACUGCGGUGGAGAGGAUAUGGUUAUAAAGAAUUCUCGAGGAAGUAUAACGUACCAAGGAGAUAGCUAUGUACAAACCGGUUCUGCAACGAACUAUCAUGGUAACAACUGGGGAUUCAGCAGCACAGGUGACUUCAUGGAUGAUGCAAUAACUGAAGAUACUUAUACAGUCUCAUCAGAGUCUUCGGUGGAAGCUAAACACUCUGAGCUUUAUCAGACAGCACGCCGUUCUCCACUGAGUUUGUCUUACUAUGCCUUUUGCAUUGAGAACGGAAGCUACAACGUGAAACUACAUUUCGCUGAGAUUCAGUUCUCAGACACAGAACCUUACAGUAUACUCGCAAAACGUUAUUUUAACAUCUAUGUUCAGGGGAAGUUGAUAUGGGAGGAUUUUAGCAUUAGGGAAGAGGCUAAUGGGACUCACAAGGAAGUUGUUAAACAGGUGAAGGCUAAUGUAACAGAUAACUCGUUUGAGAUAAGAUUGUAUUGGGGUGGGAAAGGCACAACGGUCAUUCCACGUAGAGGGAACUAUGGUUCUCUCAUCUCUGCAGUCUCAGUUUGUCCUAUUUCAGAAUCUGAAUGUGGUGUUACUGUGCAGAUGCUUUCUGCACAAAAACAUAGUAAAACAAGAAAGUACACUCUCUUGAUUGGUGUAACAAGUUCAAUACUUUGUACCCUUUUCUUGUGUUUGGGAGUUCUUUGUUGGAGGAGAUGUGUCAGAGAAGAAACAAAAGGAGAUAGAGGUGCUUUCACUUUGAGGCAACUUAGAGCCGCCACAAACAACUUUGACCAAGCAAACAAGAUUGGAGAAGGUGGCUUUGGAUCUGUGUUUAAGGGAAAGCUAGCAGAUGGAACACUAAUUGCGGUAAAACAGCUUUCUUCAAAAUCAGUACAAGGAAACAGAGAGUUUGUGAAUGAGAUUGGUAUGAUUGCAUGCUUGCAGCAUCCAAAUCUUGUUAAACUUUAUGGAUGUUGUGCUGAGAAAAACCAUCUCCUUCUUGUUUAUGAAUACAUGGAAAACAAUUGUCUCUCUGGUGCAUUGUUUGGAAAGAAUAGUCAGAGACUUGAGUGGAAAACAAGGCAGAAGAUAUGCAUAGGAAUAGCGAAAGGACUUAUGUUUCUUCAUGAGGAAUCAAUGGUUAAGAUCAUUCACCGAGACAUCAAAGGAACUAAUGUACUACUAGAUAAGGACCUUAACGCUAAGAUAUCUGAUUUCGGAUUGGCUAGACUGCACGAAGAUGAGAAAAGUCACAUUAGCACCAGAGUUGCGGGAACAAUUGGAUAUAUGGCUCCUGAAUACGCAAUGAGAGGUUACCUAACAGAAAAGGCUGAUGUGUAUAGCUUUGGCAUUGUCGCAAUGGAGAUUGUCAGUGGAAAGAGCAAUGCAAAUUACACACCUGAUCAUGAAUCUUGUGUUGGACUUAUAGAUUGGGUACUGACAAACUCUGUCUAA